AUGGCUGAAGAACAAUUCUCGUUGGUAUGGAAUAGCUUCCCCUCGAAUUUAUCAUCUGGACUGUAUACACUGCUGACGGAUGAACAUUUAGUUGAUGUUACCCUGGCUGCUGAAGGAAAAAUAUUUCGUGCUCAUAAAUUAAUUUUGUCUGUAUGUAGUACCUACUUUAGAGAUUUAUUCAAGGGGAAUACUUGUAAACAUCCUAUAGUUAUUUUAAAAGACGUUAAUUCACGGGAUUUAUCAGCGAUACUUCACUUUAUGUACCAAGGAGAAGUUAGUAUCAAGCAGGAAGACAUUACUAAUUUUCUCAAAGUCGCUGAAACAUUACAAAUCAAAGGAUUGACAAAAGAUAAAGAUGAAAAAAUGAAUACGGAUGACAUAUAUACUCAUUUAGAAAAUGUUAUGAAAACAGAAAUAAUGGACGACGACCUGGAUGUAUCUGUUGAAUCUGUUGCCGAAAAAUUCAGCUUACAAGAACAUGAAAAAAAUACUCAACCAAUACCCGAAAAAAUUUCAUCUCCCAGCUCUUCAUUAAAAGACGAUGAUGAUGGUAAUGAUGAUGAUGAUGAUGAUGACUACAAACAAGAGCCUGCUAUCAAAUCUCCUGUACCUCCUACAAUAAUUGAUGAUAAUUUACCGUCUAAUUUAAAUGACAAUACGACAAAACCACUUGACUUUACUUCCGAGACCCGGAAAAAUUCUAAAUCCAGUGAAAGACUAUUGGACUACACAUAUGGAAGCAGUUGUUCAACUUCUGCAGCAGCUGCGAGUGAAGACGAACCACUUUUAGACUCUGAUAAAUCUUAUCCAGACUAUUAUGAAGAACCUCCAGGAGAGGAUAAUCAAAAAGAUACAUCAAUGGAGUCUGCCAACCAAGCUAAGUCUUCAAAGGGCCGUCGUACAGUAAGAGGGAUCUCCCACAGUGCAUUGCCCCUGGAGACGACUUUGCGUGUUGUCUCGGAACUGGGGCCAACAUUACGUGUUGAAAGAGGCAAAGUUGUUCGCAUGUACUCGUGUCCAUGGUGUUUAAGACAUUUUACACGCAAAGAAAAUUUAAAGCUUCAUGUACGUUACAUACACGGGCCACUUGAAAGUCUCACUUGCAAAUUGUGUGGUAACAAAUAUAAAAAUAAAGGUUUUCCAGCGAUUUAUGAAAGUAAUAAAACCUGGGUAACUAUUGAUAUUGUCGAAACGAGUAUUACUUUUAUUUUUAUUGUUCUUGCUGUUAGCUGUUUACUUAUAAUACCGGGUUAUACAAAAACUAAAAGUAUUUACACGUUUGUGAAAGCUUUUUUUAGCAUUUUUAUUGGGGUAAUAAUAUUAGUUGGAAAUUACGGACAAGAAUGGGAAGUCGGUUUCGUAGAAUCAAUGACACCGUAUCGCGCGGGUGAACCAAGUGAAAUUUUAGCGCAAAUAGGAAUAAAAAUUGGACUACGUUCUGUAAAUAUCACUUUGCAGGGUCAGGCUCAAAAAGGAUCUGUGCUUGAAAAAGAAGUAAUUAAUUACAAUGAACGAUUUUUGUGGACUUGGGAUCAAGGACGCUUUGGGUUUGGGCCAAAUGCUGGACUUUUACAAAAAAGCCUCAGAGAAGCCCAGAGAAAAGGAUUGCCAUUGCCAAUUACCUGGAUCGUGGAUCAUUUAGCAAUUGAUGGAGAAGGUAUAAGAUUUGGUAGAUAUUAUCGAACAGCAGGAUGGUACGCUCACAUUGCUCUCUGGACAGCAUUCCCGGUGUGGAUACUUGCUAAUGUAUUUUUACAUUCAGUCCCGAGAUACGCUGCUUACUGUACUGGAUUGAUUGGAGCUCUUAAAAUAUUGAGUUGUGUUAUUUGGCUGUUUGUAAGAAAUUCAACUCCGUUGGUGAUAAUAUUCGAAAGUGAUGUCAUUACUACUUCUUUUGGUUCUACUUUUUGGCUGACGUUGAGUGGAGGAUUGCUGUCUUUUGUAUUGGCAUCUGUUGUUAUUAUUCUGGAUCUAAGAUAUCCAAAUGCUCUGGCGGUAUUUUUGGGUAUUGAUAUUUUAGAUCAAUACGAUGAAUAUUUUAUUCGAGAAUUCGAGUUAGAGUAUACAAGAAAAAAAAACAAUAAAGAUGAAUCGAUGGAGUUGGGAAAAAUGUCUGAGCAGAUAUCAAAAAAUCAUUUCGACGUGAUGCUUCAACUGAAACGUCGGUCAACAGUUGAACGUGUCCAAAAAAAAUUAGUCCGCCUUUCUACCAUGCCAAUAAAAGUCGAAAACAUAUAUGACGAUACUGCUACACAAGUGACUUACGCAAAUCAAGAGUCAUUAUCAUUACCCGGACCAUCGAUUCAAGAAACAGACAAAUUAAAUUUAAAACCACCACUUCCAAGAAGGAAACGAAAGUAA